AUGAUCUCGAACACGAGUAAGAAAAUGGACUCCAACGCUUCGUUCGACUGGCCCCCCGCGCUGAAUUACAACGGGACGUACAAGUACCUCUACUGGGAAGGCAACGUCUCCUACGUGGACUUCUACCUUCACCAGCCUUCAGUGGCUGCUGUCUUCAUCAUAUCCUACCUCCUCAUCUUCCUCCUCUGCAUGGUGGGCAACGGGCUGGUUUGCUUCGUCGUCCUGCGGAGCAAACACAUGCGGACGGUCACCAACCUGUUCAUCCUGAACCUGGCUGUCAGUGACCUGCUGGUGGGGAUCUUCUGCAUGCCCACCACCCUCCUGGACAACAUCAUUGCAGGAUGGCCUUUUGGGAGCUUGGUGUGCAAGAUGAGCGGGAUGGUCCAAGGAAUCUCUGUUUCUGCCUCUGUGUUCACUCUGGUUGCUAUUGCCGUGGACAGGUUCCGGUGCAUCGUGUACCCCUUCAAGCAGAAGCUGACCAUCCCCACCGCCGUCACCAUCGUCGCGGUCAUCUGGAUCCUGGCCGUGGCCAUCAUGUGUCCCUCGGCAGUCCUGCUGCAGGUGCAGGAGGAGAAGCACUUCAGGGUGAUCCUGGGCCCCGGCAACGACACCCGCCCGGUGUACUGGUGCCGGGAGGACUGGCCUGACCCGGCGAUGAGGAAGAUCUACACGACGGUUCUCUUUGCCAACAUCUACCUGGCUCCCCUGUCGCUCAUCGUCAUCAUGUACACCCGGAUCAGCGUCGCCCUCUCCCACACAGCCGGGGCUGGGGAGCGUGGCCAGGAGCAGCGGCACAGCACCUGGAAGAGGAAACAGAGAGCCAUCCAAAUGCUCGUCGUCGUGACUCUGCUUUUCACCCUGUCCUGGCUCCCCCUGUGGACUCUGAUGCUGCUCUCGGACUACGCCAGCCUCUCCGAUCUCCAGCUGCAGCUCAUCAACAUCUACAUUUAUCCCUUUGCUCACUGGCUGGCCUUCUUCAACAGCAGUGUCAACCCCAUCAUCUACGGGUUCUGUAACGAAAACUUCCGCCGGGGCUUCCAGGGUGUCUUCAAACUCCAGCUCUGCUCCAGGGAGGUCUAUUCCCAGCCAGGCCAAAGCAAGGACCUCUUGCCAGCUGCCCAGUGCCAGACGCCCCAGGAUCAGUCUUUUCAAACAGCUAAGGAGGAGAGGAAGCCAGUUAAGAAAGGAAACUGGGUGAAUAACCAGCAGGAUUUGAUCAUGGAGGAUCUGGAAGAGUCCUGCAAUGAUGGGAUCAAGUGAAACACGCUAGGAACCACCAGAAAGAUUUAGGCCUGGCAGAGUUUAUUCACUAUGUGUGAAACUCGUGCUUUGUGAGCCCUUUCUGACAGAAAUGCUGAAGUGUUUCUUGUUUGAAGGAGACAUCAAACUCACAUCACAUCUGAACAUUUGAUAUCAGCAGGAAACCAAACUCAUCCCUUUGUGUCACCAGCUUAAA